AUGUAUUGGAUUGUAAUCAAUUUCUACAUAAUUUCAACUAUUAUUCAACUUUGCACUCGUUCACAAAAAAAUGCGACAAAAGGCGAAUCUGCGAAUUCAAGUUUAGCUUCUGAAAGAAAUACAUCAGACAGGGAUGCUAGUAGUAGUAGAAGAUCGAAACCUGAUAAAGAUAUUCGAACUGGAGUUUUGGAUUCGAUAAAAAUCAUGCGACGUGGUUAUUCGCCCAAAAAAUCGUCGUCUAUCAAUUUGUCACAACGAGAACGAAAAUCCGAUUUUUCAUCAUCGCGACAAACUUUUCGUGCAACAUCGGAAGAUUCGCAAAAAACGUUGAGUAUAAAUGUGCCAUUGGGAAAGGCGGCAAAAACUCCACCAGAUGCGGAUAUUCUUGUUCAACCUGAAGAUCGAAAAGAGUUCGAAGCGUCCAAAAAAGUUCAGACGCCACGUGUUGGAUUUUCGAAAAAGCUAGAGGUUCAGACAAAUUAA